AUGAAGUUCACCGUGGGAAUAGCUUCAACGGCCCUGGCAGCCACCUGUGCUUAUGCGCAGGAUGUGCCCACCUACGUCAACCCAGCCGUGCCCACCGGUACCCCCAUUCCGGGAAACUACACCGGCCCCCUCAGACCUCAGGUUCACUUUUCACCCCCGGAGCACUUCAUGAACGACCCCAAUGGCAUGUUUGUCGAUGCAGACGGCACAUACCAUCUCUACUACCAGUACAAUCCCACGGGCGUCGUCGCCGGAAACCAACACUGGGGCCACGCCACAAGCAAGGAUCUCUACCACUGGGAGAACCAGCAGAUUGCCCUCUUUCCACCUGAGGAGCGGGUCUAUGUAUUUUCCGGCAGUGCGGUGGUGGAUGUCAAUAACACGUCCGGUUUUUUCCCCGACCAGGACAACGGCGUAGUCGCCAUGCUCACCCUGGCACGUUACUACGAAGACGGAUCAGCUGGUCCACAGGUUCAGGCCAUCGCGUAUUCCCAUGAUGGCGGCUAUACGUUUGAAUAUUAUGACGGCAACCCCGUCAUAAAUAGCACAAGCACCCAGUUCCGUGACCCAAAGGUAAUCUGGUACGAGGAUCACUGGAUCGCUGUCGUCGCUUGGUCGCAGGAAUUCGUCAUCGGGAUAUUCACCAGCCCUGACCUGAAGACCUGGGAGCACGCCUCCAACUUCUCCCACCACGGCCUUCUCGGCGCUCAAUAUGAGUGUCCCAACAUGGUGAAGAUCCCCGUGCGUGAUAGCAUCGGCGGCGAGGUGGUGGACGAUGCGUACGUCAUGACCAUCUCGCUGCAGCCUGGCGCGCCCCUGGGCGGAUCAGUCACGCAGUACUUCCCAGGCUCGUUCAACGGGACUCAUUUCGAGACGCUCGAUGAUGCCACGCGCCUCACCGAUUUUGCCAAGGACAACUACGCGGCGCAGUAUUUCUACGGCCUGCCGGAUGGGAGCAAUGCCAUCAACCUUGGCUGGGCGUCAAACUGGCAGUACACUCAGCAGGUUCCGACAGGAAACCUCGAGGGCUGGAGGAGUGCCAUGACCUUGCCCAGGGCCAACUACCUCACCAAUGCGCCCCGAAUUGGCUGGGUCGUCGCCAACGAGCUGGUUGACCCGAGCCCUAUCCUCGACACGCCGCUGAACACGACCACCUUUGAGGGCAACGGCUCCGUCGAGGUCGAUUUCUCCUCAGUCGCCUCCAACGCCCUGUACAUCGAGGCCAACGUGACCGGGCUCAACUCGAGCACCAUCACCGGCUCCUCCACGCUGAACAUGACCUUCACCUCGCCUUCGUCCGAAGAGACAUUGAGCUCCGGGUACUACUUUGGCGGCGACCAACCCUUCUUUGUCGACAGGGGGGAGAUCGCAGGGUUCGAUAACAUCUUCUUCACCGACAAAUUCUCUGUGGCUGAUGUUUGGAACACCUCAUCCGGCACCUGGCGCGUGCAGGCUGUCAUAGACAGGUCUAUUCUCGAGGUUUUCCUGGAUGGUGGUGUCCACGCAGCCACUGUUCUGUUCUACCCUGAGGAGCCUUUGACUGUUUUGAAUUUGGGAACAGCCGAUUUGCCAGCCGGGGUGGAAGUAAGCGUCGCCAUUUGGGCCCUGAAGAGUGCCUGGGCCGAGUACGAGGAUGACCAAGGCAUAGUGGCCGGCAAUGUGACCGACGCUGGCAGUUCCACGAGGCGAGACAUGGUCUACGAGGCUACAUGGCAGACAUGA